ACCCCCAUACAUUGGCAUUUCCCCGUUCCCAGUCUCCACGCGAGUAUCAUACCGUGAAGAUGAAGAAAAAUGUUAAAACUGUCAUUGUCACGUUUCUGUCAAGUUCAAUUAAUAUAUGAAUCAAAAUCUUGACGAGUUUAAAUGUUAUUCAUUAUACAAUUGUGACAACAGUGUGAUUGACAUAUUAUUAAUCUUGCACUAUGCAUGUGUUUACUUUAAUUUUGAGUAUUUAAAUAUUUGUCCCUGGUUUAUAAAAAAUCGGGAUGUGGAGUUCAAGACGUUUUUUUGAAUUAUAAUGAAAAAAAAUUGGGUGGAGGCGGUAUUAAAGUGACUAAACAAUCGUUAUUUAUCGUAUAUGAUAUUUCCAAUUGUUUUGUGAACUCGUUUAAAGUUGAGUGUACUUCUAAACCAUCGCAUUAUACAUACAGGUGAAAACGAAAGUGUGCGUGUGUCGUAUUCCGGAUGGAUAUUUGAGGACUCGUCUACUUCAUCCGUCCAUACAUCCAUCCAUUUCUUCAUCCUUCCUGCCUUCCACCCAUCUAUCCACUCAUUCAUCCAACCAAUCAUUCAUCCAAAUACAGACACGCUCACGCCCACACACAUUCCUCAUCAAUGUGUUUGUAUUAAAAUUCAUAAAUUCAUCCGUUUAUAAAUAUAACACGCGAAUAAAAUUCCACUAACUCUACAAUAAAUUCCAGAAAAAAAAAGUAAACACAUUUCUUUACAUUCAUUCUUUUAUAUCAGUUACAUUCUGAAUCAAUGUACUUGUAGUACUUUCAUUUCUUUUUUGUAUGUCGCUUAUGUGUGUUUCCUUUUCAUCUCAUUGCACAUGACAAGAGAUCACUUUUAAAUCAAAUUAUUUUCCAAAAUAAAAAAAAAAAAAAAAAACAACAUAUACUAUGGAGUCAAAGGGAAAUUGGCCUAAAGAAAGUCUGGAGGUAUCGAUGCCGAAAAAAUUUCAAAGCAACGAAUCUGACAAAAUCGAGAAAGCGAGGAAGUUCAGCUGGCCUAUAUGUAUCCUCUGUAUUGUCAGUUUAACUAUUUCCGGCGUUCUUGUUUACCGCGAGUAUCUUCUUGAGUCCAGGAUAGCCUAUCUUGAAUCACAGUGUCAAAUUCAACCAGAUCUCAUUUAUCAACGGCUACGACGAGAAUUUGAGCAGCAAUUUAAUGUUCAUUCACCACGUCCCGAGGGAGAUGAAAUUUUUAGAUUAAAAAGGGAUGUCGAGUGUAAUUGUCCACCAGGUCCGCCUGGUGUUCCAGGACCUCCAGGAAAAAGAGGGAGGAAAGGAAAAAAAGGAGACCCCGGAGACUUAGGUACACAGGGUGUAGCUGGGAUUCCGGGGAAAAAUGGUUUUCCGGGUCCGAUUGGAUUAGAUGGACCAAAAGGCGAACCGGGCAAGAGUGGAGAUAAAGGUCAAAAAGGAGAGUUAGGAAGUCCUGGUUAUGAUGUAUUCUCAGCAGUAAAGGUCAAUGCACAGGGACUCGGGCUAAAAAGAUCGGUGACAACUCUUCGAGGCGGCACAAUUGGCUAUGCGGAGAUAAUAGCGUUGAAGGGAGAACCAGGUGAACCUGGACCACCUGGACCCGCGGGUCCUUCAGGAACUGAAGGCUUGCCCGGACACGACGGUAGACAGGGUUUACCAGGAGAAGUUGGACCACCGGGCGAGAAAGGCGCAGCAGGGCCAAUAGGUCCCAUUGGGCCUCCUGGUGCGGCAGGAUCUGUAGGUCAAAAGGGCGAUAAAGGAGACAAAGGAGAUCGAGGUUUAACGACGUCGCUCGAUGGUGAACCAUUUCCGACGGGUGUCUUUGAAGGGCCACCAGGACCCCCUGGACCUGCAGGACCAAAGGGUGAAAAUGGACUUCAAGGAAUGCCGGGAGUGGAUGGGGUUAGUGGAGAACCUGGAAUACAAGGACCUCCAGGAUCGACCGGAGUUCCUGGACCUAAAGGAGAAAAGGGAGAUUAUGGAGAUAUUGGUCCGCCAGGACUUAUGGGUCCACCUGGUUUACCUGGUCCUCCAGGUUAUCCAGGUCAAAAAGGCGAAAAAGGAGAGAAAGGAGAAUCGAAGUACAAAAAGUUGAGGCGGAGACAGGGAGAUGGCACAUUUGAAGUUAACGCCGGUGAAGUUAUAAUGGGACCACCAGGACCACCUGGACCUGCUGGUUCGGCUGGACUCCAAGGACCGCCUGGAAUCAAAGGAGAUAGAGGACACGAUGGAGCCAAAGGGGAUCCUGGAGAAAAGGGAGUUAAAGGAGAUCCAGGUCCAAUGGGACUUCCUGGACCAAUGGGAUUAAGAGGUGAAUCGGGAAAGCCUGGAGAUGGUGGAAAAUCUGGUUCCAUGGUUGGCACGUGGUGAUACGACUAACAACUAACAAGGGAUAGGUACUAAAUUGUUAACAACAAUAACCUAUCUAGCCCACAUCAGCUGAGAUUUCCGGAAUUUACGUUAAAGCUACAGCAUGCGUCAAAACGUAUAUCUCUACAGCAUCUUAGAAGCAUAAAAUUCGUCAGAUUUUUUAAUCACGAAUUUUUGAAUUCUGUGACACAAGUGUGUGCAUAAAAGUUUUUAAAACGUACUUGAGUGUUAAUUUUAAAAAGAAUUUAUCUGAUUUAUUGAUGUCGAAUAUCAAAUAUCCCGUUAAGAGAAAAAAAGCGUAACAUUUUUUUUUUUCAAUACGAAAAAGAAAAAAAAAAAAUAAAUUCAGUGAUAGUUAAAACUAUUUAACAUUCCAGUGAGCUGAAGUGUCAAAUGUCGCGAAAUGGAAACACCAAUUAUUUUAUAAAUUUUAUUUACAAGUUUUAUGAAAAAAAAGAACAUCUUUUUAAUUAAAAAUUUUUUUUUUUGAAAAAAAUUUUUACAACUUUUAUUAUUCUUAUUAAGUUGACGAUAUUUCUAUAACAAUUAACAAGUAUUCGUGGAAUUGAUUCUUUAAAUUUUUAAUUUAAAAAAUAUUUUAUAAAUAAAUAAUAUAAAAUAAAAUCAAUUUCAAUUAUUGAAAAAAUAAUUAAUCAAAUUUAAAAAAAAAAUCAAAGCGACUUUUGUCGUUUCCACUUCAUUUUGCCUCUAGUGCUAAAAUUAAACAAAAAACGCUUUCGAAUAUGUAAACUUUAACUAUUUCUCUUUCUCUCUCUCUCUAUCUCGUCUCUCUUUCUCAUGUCUAUUAAGAAUCUCUCUAAAAAAAAAAGAAUGAAUUGGAUUCGACUAAAUUUUCUAUGAUUUGUUGACUAAUUCUUUCAUUUUAAAAGAAAGAAAUUGAAAAAGGUUUAAAAAUUCUUAUGAGAAGAGUGAGAUUUGUAAAUACAACAAACACUUGUUAAUUUCUCAAAACAUCACACUCUCGCCAACAAGUAAAAUAUACAUCUUUCAAUUUUCAUUUAUCUUCCUGUACAUUAAACAUAUUAACUUCAUUCGUUCAAAUUACUACUUAUUUUAAUUUACUCUCAGCUUUAUUGGAGGUUGGAACUUGAUUUUAAAAUUUUUAUUCUAUGGGUAAAUCCUAAAAAAAAAAUUUCCGCACAUAUUUUAAGAGAUUCUCUGUAUAUAAAAAGAAAAAAAAGUACAUUAUCUUUUCAUCACUUCUAUAUAUAUAUAACUUACGAGUCAAUUAUCAUUUAUGUAUUUACAGAAAUAUAGACAUUUUUUCUAUAUUCGAUUAUUUUUUCAAAAACUGAUAACUAGUGUGAAAAUAUGUAAAUUAAUUUUGCUUCUUCUAUUGUUAUUUUAAUAGAAUCACUUAUUAAAAAAUAAUUUUUAAUUAAACAAUAUUUAUUAUUUUAAUUAAUUAUUAAAAUUUAUAAUUGGAGAAAUAAAUUAUCUAUUUAAUAUUAAUUAUUAGUAAUAAAUAUGAAUUAUAUAAUUCUUAUUUUGAUAAUAUUGAAAUCUUAUCAAAAUAAGAGUAAAUAUGUAAUGAAAAGAUAUUGUUUUUUUUUUAAGACAAUGUAAAAGAUACACUACUCUACUAUUCUUUUUCUUGUUCCUCUCCUUACUUUUACAAGAAUGAAUGAUUAUCUACGAACGCACGAAGUUUGUUAAAUCCCGUCAUUAAGGGUUGAAAUUGAACAGUAUUAUGGAUAUUCAUAGACGCGUUUAUUAUUUUAUAUAUAAUAAUAACUAUUGGCAUAUAUUUUAAUACUUAGUUUAAAAAUGUUUGGAAAUAUAAUAAAUUUUUACUCGAGGCUGGAUUUCGAAUUAAAAUUCUAAAUUUUAAUAAUAAUUAAUACAGAUUAAUAAUUUUUUAAUUAUUGUAAUUAUUUACAAUAAUAUAUUAAAAACAAUAAUUAUAUUUUGUAGAUUAUAAAAUAUAAUAAACAAUAAAUUCAAAAAAAAAAAAAAAUAUUAAAUUAAAAUAUUUUUUCUAAUCUUAUUAAUCAAUAAUUAUUCUUAUUUUUAUAUUUCGAAAUGCAGCCACGAUGGUCCAGAUUAGAAAUUUUAAAUUUCUCAUCAGAGAAACAUUUUUAUUUUAUUAAUUCACAUUCUAGAUAAAUCUUAUGUCGAUUGACAGUAAUUUUUGUUAAAGUUGUUUAAGGUUUUUUAAAUAUAAUGAAAAAAAAAAUUCUCAUAAGAAACUAAGUGUAACUCAUGUACUUAAGAGACAAAAAAAAAAUAAUAAGAAAACAGGAAUAAAACAAAAUAUUUUUUCAUACGUAACUUUUCUACGAAUUCAAACGUAUUAUUGUGGUGAUGAUAAUAUCACAUUAUUUUUAAUAGAUUAAUAAUCAAAACUAAAUAUGCCGUGUAUUAUUAAACGGGUAAUAUACAUAUAAAUAAAUAUAUAUAUUAACUUAUAAAUUUUACUUGUAUUUCGGAUAGAGAUAAUAAUAAAUGUUAAAAAAAAGACUUGUCAGUAGUGAUGUGUUUGUUUUGAAAAAUAAUAGUUAUAGACAUAUCUUAUUCUUCGAAUAUGUAUCAUUUUUUUUUAUUUUGCAAAAGACAAAAAAAAAGUCAUAAUAAGCACUCUUAACUUUUGUAAUAAAAAAUUUUUCUUCUAAUGGAUAUAAGACACGUGUCCCGAAAACUUUUUUUUUUUAGAUGGUGUUUCUAAAAGUAUGUGUUCUAUUACUUUUUAAAAAGAAGAAGCACCAUCUGGACUGAUAUAAGAUUAAAGUUUUUGUUGGUUCAAUUAAUCCAACCAAGUUUUCUUUUUUCUUUUUUUUUUCAUUUAAAAAUUUAUUAUUAAUUUCUUGUCACAGAUUUUGCUGGUAAAAUCGCACAUCUCGUAUGGCUGUAUCCAUUUGAAUUAUAAAAAAUAAUAUUAAAAAAAAUAUAUAUUUAUAAAAUACCUUCUCAUAUAAUGAGAAUGUAAAAAAAUAUAAAAUACAGACUUUAUUGAAAAAAAAUAUAUAAUAAUAAAUAAGACUACCAUCAAUAGCAUAUCAAUAGGAAUAUAAUUAUUCAUUAUUUGUCAAGAUGGAAACAAACAUGACGGGAUGUUUUUUUUUUUAAUUAAAUUCUUGACAGCACAAGAAUAUUUUUUUUGUUUAAAUAAUAAUAAUAAAUAUUCGUUGAUAAAUUCUACUACAGCUGAUUGUGUAUAAUGUUGCACUACUACUAACACCGAUAUUUGAUAAAAAAAAAUUUAAUUAUACAAUUUACGCCUGCUUUAAGAUGUUUACUUAAGAAAAUGAAAAUUGUAAAAUAUACUGCUUAAUUUAAUGAAAGUCAAAACAAAAAAAAAAAACAAAAAAUUAUGUCUGUUAUACCAUAAAAUAAAGUGUACUUUAAGGAAUUAAUGUUAAUUAAGUGAUAACAAUGUUGGUUUCUGUUAUGUAGAAAUUAUGCUAAUAAUGUGCGCACAUUUUGAAGGGAGGGACUGAUACAUUUUUAGUUUAAUCGAAAUUUUAUGUACCUAAAUUCCUAAAUCAAAUUAAAACAAUGUAUAAUAUUAUAGAAAUAUAGAAACUUCAAGGCGAGAGAAAAUAAUAAAUAGAAUCAAAAUAUUAAUUAAUUAAAAUAGUAAUUUACUGAAAAAAAAAAUCAAAACUACCUUAAUUUUGUAAUUUUGUAUUUUUUUAUUUGUUAAAAAUUUACUGUUUAAAAUUAUUUUUCUAAACUUUCGAAAUGUAAAAAUAGAAAUUAAAUUAUUUUUUUUUAAUUUAUGUACUCUUAGAAUAUAAUUGUGAAUUAUUUAGAAGAAAAUGGAAAAUUUAAUCCGCAUUGAAGAUAAAAUAUUUCUAUCUAUAUAAACUAAAAUAUGAACAGUACCUCGCUUUAAUAUAAUUGUUAAGAGAAAAAAAAAAAAAAAAAGUGAACAUCUUACUAAUACGAUAAACACACGAUUGUUUUUAGCAAAAUAUUGCUGGUUAAUAAACAGAAUGUGCAUGUG